AUGAAUCCAUGGCAUAUUGUUGUAUGCGGGUACAUAACUUACGAAUCAGUAAGUCAUUUUCUGCAAGAUUUUUUGCACGAAGAUCGAGAGGAUGUCGAUGUCGAAGUGGUCUUCCUUCACAGAGUGCCUCCUGAUCUGGAACUCGAGGGAUUGUUCAAGAGGCAUUUCACAAAAGUUGAAUUCUUCACAGGAACCGUCAUGGAUUCCAUAGAUUUGUCGAGAGUUAAGGUAAUAUCAAUUUCAGUUCAUUUACACGUGUAA